CUCUCUUUCUUUCUUUCUUUCUGUGCUCCAGACGUCGGCCGGCGGCGGAGUUAAUUGAGGGAAGUGAAAGUUACUUGAGAAAGAGUUAAUCAGUGUUAUGGCGCCACCUUCGGCUGUUAGCGAUGGCGGCGGUGGAGGAGGAGUUGUUCCUGCCGGUGAAGGUAGGCAACAACAACAGCAACCUGCCUUCGGUCAGACGAUUACUGGAAUCAUACGAAUUGCUGUGUUUUGGUACUUCGCCUCCAAAUUCUUCUUUCCAAAGCAGCCUUCGUCGUCUUCGUCUGAACCUUCUCUCAUGAUUUCCAAUGUAUUCCAAAAAGGAGAAUCUUUGGAUAUGUGGUUUUAUCUAUCAGAGCAUGAAAAGUUCAAUAAUUUUGGUAGUGAAAGUGAACUUGUUUGGCAUGAAACCAACAUACCUUAUGCAGUCUGGGGAUCAGAGAGUACCAGAACUUUGUCAUUGAAACAUAUUCCUUCUGAGGCACUAAAACACAACGGAAGUCUUUAUGCUCAUGUGUUCUUUGCACGGUCUGGUUAUUCACCAGACCCUAGUGAUCCAGAAUACCAGAAACUAGCAGCAUUUGGAAGGACACACCCUGUUGUUAUUUACUUGCCAAACUCAAAAUCUGACAAAAAGAGGAGCUUGUUGACUAGUUCCAAAGAAUCUAUCGAGGAAAUUGCUGAGGUUGUGGAAGAAAUUGACCCCAAGGAUGUUGUUCCUGUUGAAUGGGUUUCAUACUGGAAACCGAAUAUUACUGUGAAUCUUUUGGAUGAUUUUACUAGGUAUCCGAAAAAUGCGAUUCCUCCGAAUGUUGCACCUUUUUUGAAUAUUGAAUCCAAAACUGGGAAUUACUAUCCAACUAUUUUCUUCAAUGAGUUUUGGUUACUCAGAGACAAGUUAAUUCAGAUAAAUGAGUCUGUAACUGAGUUAGCUCUCAACUUAGAAGUGGGUCCCAUAAGCACGACAAAAUGGCAGCUAUUUCUGCAAAUUGAUCAAUCAUUCCAGAUUCAUCGUGAUUAUGGAAGCAUGCUUGACGGAGAGGCUGAUGAACUCAAGAGGGUAUUCUUGGAAGGAAAUCCUUACCUUUUGGUAAUCACUAUGGUUGUUUCGAUGCUUCAUUCUGUCUUCGACUUCUUGGCUUUCAAAAACGAUAUCCAAUUUUGGAACAAAAACAAAUCGAUGGAAGGACUUUCUUCGAAAUCAGUCGUUGUGAACUUCGUAUGCCAGCUUGUUAUCUUUCUUUAUCUUCUUGACAAUGAUACUUCAUGGAUGAUACUUGCAAGCUCUGGUGUUGGUUGCUGCAUUGAAUUCUGGAAGAUUGGUAAAGCUAUGCACAUUGAGGUUGAUAGAUCUGGGAAGAUACCAAUGUUGAGGUUCCGAGACAGGGAGUCAUAUGCUGGGAACAAGACCAAGGAGUAUGAUGAUAUGGCAAUGAAAUACUUGUCAUAUCUGGUGUUCUUUCUUGUUGCCUGCUAUUCUAUUUACACCCUCAAGUAUGAACGCCACAAGAGCUGGUACUCUUGGAUACUCUCUUCGUUUACAAGCUGCGUCUAUAUGUUCGGUUUUAUUAUGAUGUGUCCUCAACUGUUCAUCAACUAUAAACUUAAAUCCGUAGCCCAUCUCCCGUGGAGGCAGAUGACUUACAAGUUUCUCAACACGAUUAUUGACGAUCUUUUUGCAUUUGUCAUCAAAAUGCCCACACUACAUCGUCUUUCUGUAUUCCGUGACGAUAUCAUCUUUCUAAUAUAUUUAUACCAGAGGUGGGUUUAUUCUGUGGAUAAGAAACGAGUAAACGAGUUUGGAUUUUCAGCAGAGGACGAGAAUCAAGCUGCUUCUUCUUCUAUAAGCACUGAGGUGGUGAAGGAAGGAGAUGAGAAGAAAACUAAUUGAAGAGAAGAAGAACCUUCUUUCUUUUUGGUCUUUUAUAUUUUUUGCUUUUUUUACUGCAGAAACUUUUAACAUUAUUCAAUUUUUUGAACUUGAGAGUGGUAUUUUACAUAUGCUCUCAGUUGUAGAAGAAGAAAAACAAAGGUGACUUGCAAUAUUUGAAAAAAUGAGAAUGAUGUAGUAAUCUCAUUUUCUUAA